CCUCUCCUCCUGCGUUGUGUCUGUGAGCUCCUAUUCCUGCGUACCAAGCCCGUGCCUGCUCUCUCUUACUCACUCUCUCUCUCUCACUGAGUCUCAGCCACAAUGAAAACCUCCAAGCAAACUACAUACUCUAUGCGCUCCUCCACUAGCAGCAGGGCUCCUGGUGCAUCACUGAGCCGUACCUCUGGUCCCGUCUACAGGGCCCCCACUAUCCAUGGUGGGGCCGGUGGGGCCCGCAUCAGCAUCUCCUCCCGCAGUGGGCUGGGAGCCGGCAUGGGAAUGGGCUCCGGAGGAGGGGGCUUCUCCAGCAGCGUCCAGGUGAGCGGGAACAGCGCCGACAUCAUGGGCAAUGAGAAGUUCGCCAUGCAGGGCCUGAACGACCGUCUGGCCAACUACCUGGAGACGGUGAGGAACCUGGAGCAGGCCAACCACAAGCUGGAGAUUAAGAUCAAGGAGGCCCUGGAGAAGAGCGGACCUGACUUCAGAGACUACAGCAAGUACCAGGCCAUCCUGGAUGACCUGAGGAGGAAGGUGUUCGAUUCCACCACUGACAAUGCCCGCCUGGUUCUCAACAUCGACAACGCUCGCCUGGCGGCCGAUGACUUCAGAGUGAAAUUUGAGUCUGAGCUGGCCAUCCGCCAGUCUGUGGAAGCCGACAUCAUCGGCCUGAGGAAGCUCAUCGACGACACCAACAUGAGCCGCAUGAACCUGGAGAGCGAGAUUGAAUCCCUGAAGGAGGAGCUCAUCCACCUCAAGAAGAACCAUGAAAAUGAAGUUAUGGAGCUUCGUAACCAGAUCGCCCAGUCAGGAGUCCGUGUGGAUGUUGACGCUCCUAAAGGACAGGACCUGUCUCAGAUCAUGGCAGAAAUAAGGGCCAAGUACGAGAAUAUGGCAAAGAAGAACCAGGAUGAGCUCAAAGCAUGGCACGAAUCUCAGAUAACAGAAGUGCAAAGUCAGGUCACCCAGAACACAGAGGCCCUGAAGGGUGCACAUACAGAGGUGAACGACCUGCGCAGACAGAUGCAAACCCUGGAGAUCGAGCUGGAGUCACAGAGGAGCCUGAAAGGCUCUCUGGAGGGCACACUGAGGGACACGGAGAUGCGUUACAACAUGGAGAUCGAGUCUCUGAACACCAUCCUCCUGGGUCUGGAGGCCGAGCUCACGCAGCUGCGUAACAACAUCCAGAUGCAGACGCAGGAGUACGAGACCCUGCUCAACAUGAAGAUGAAGCUGGAGGCCGAGAUCGCCACAUACAGACGGCUGCUGGACGGGGAGGACUUCACGCUCCAGGACGCUCUGGAAGACCAGAGAACAGUGAAGACCAAAGUGAUGACUGUCACACAGACCCUGGUGGACGGCAAGGUGGUUUCCUCCAGCACAAAUACCAAAGACCUUUGAAUAGCAGAGGCAACCACCCGACACUCCCAACAAUCACUGUCACUGCAUCAUAACACUAACAUAUGAUUGGCCAAAAUUGAUCUUUUUUUCCCCAAACCUUUUCUCCUUUUUUUCUUAGUCACACAGUACUAACCGUAAUCUCAGCUGACGCUGCAAUUAGUUUGACUUCCUGGAUAAUCAGCUGUUCCACAGGUUGAUGAAAUGAAAAAAACUGGAUCGGAGGAAAACUAAAUCAUCAAAUAUUUAUUUCAUCUUGAUUUAUUUAUGUUUGUGUGUUGACCUGCAGAUGUUUACAAAGUUCAGAAUUGGAGAGUUUUUUUUUUUUCAGAGACAAACUAAUUAAAGACAUCCCAUAUUUCAAAGUAAUAAGAGUCCAAAUAAAUGCAAAACAUUUUUUUUUAUGUUUUUAUGUCAUCAUCUUUGGUUUUCUUUCUGUCCAGUUAAGUCGGCCUGUUGCGCUGUGAUGUUCAGACAUUUCAAUAAAGUCCAUUUUAAGAAAUUUA